AUGGCUUCCCGAAGGCGUGCUGCCAAGAAGGGCGUCUCCUUCUGCCUCAUGGUCGUCGGCGCCAGCGGUACCGGCAAGACCACGUUUGUCAACACCCUCUGCGAGUCCGAGGUCAUUGGCCACAAGAUCUCCGACAACCCCGAGACGGCCCACAUCGAGGAGGGCAUCCGGAUCAAGCCCGUCCACGUCGAGCUCGACGAGGAUGGCAUGCGCAUCGGCCUCACCAUCGUCGACACGCCUGGGUUCGGCGACAACAUCGACAACGAGUAUGCCUUCUCCGAGAUUGUCGGCUUCCUCGAGCGCCAGUACGACGACAUUCUCGCCGAGGAGUCGCGCAUCAAGCGUAACCCGCGUUUCCGCGACAACCGUGUCCACGCCUUGCUCUACUUUAUCACGCCCACCGGCCACUCGCUGCGCGAGAUUGACAUUGAGCUUAUGAGGAGGCUGAGCCCGAGGGUCAACGUCAUCCCCGUCCUCGGCAAGGCCGACAGCAUGACCAAGACCGAGAGGCAGGCGUUCAAGAAGAGGAUCAUGGAGGACAUCGAGCACUACGGCAUCCCGGUCUACAACUUCCCCUACGACGUCGAGGAGGACGACGAGGAGACGAUCGCCGACAACUCGGAGCUGCGCGCGCUGAUGCCGUUCGCCAUUGUGGGCUCCGAGGAGGAGGUGGUGGUCAACGGCGAGCCUGUGCGCGCCCGGCGAUACCCGUGGGGCAUCGUCGAGGUCGACAACCCGGCCCACUCGGACUUUGCGCGCCUGCGCAGCGCGCUGCUCAACACGCACCUGACCGACCUCAAGGAGAUCACGCACGACUUCCUCUACGAAAACUACCGUACCGAGAAGCUUUCGAGGACGGUGCACAGCGACUACGCCGACACGUCGAUCCCCGGCGAGGAGCUGGCCAACCAGAGCGUGCGGUUGAAGGAGGAGCAGCUGCGGAGGGAGGAGGACAAGCUGCGCGAGAUCGAGCUCAAGGUGCAGCGCGAGAUCCAGGAAAAGAGGCAGGAGCUGCUCGCAAAGGAGGAGAGCCUGCGAAACCUCGAGUCGCGACUGGCGGCCGCCUCGGCCAACGAGUAG